AUGGUACAAACCGACUUGCAGCCGACGCAAGCUGGCAACCGACGCCGGGUUCUGGCCAGAGUAGAGAUCCCACCUCGCGAACGAACUAUCCCGAUGACGCGCGAUGCAGCUGCUGGACGCCUUUCCGCUGAAGCCAUGGAAGCAGAUCGCGAAACACCGUCCCGCUCUAGCAAGAGACCAGGAUCUCCGGUUCCACAUCUAGAACAGCGAGGACCGAAAAAGCUGAAAGUGCUAGAGACGCUGAAAGCCCGCCAGGAAGAGACCAACAAAUUGGUCACAGACUACCAAGGUCUCACAGUAAAGUUUCAGGAUACUAAACAUGAGAACGAAAGACUUCAGAAAGAGCUUGAGGCCUCAACACAAAACGAAGGAAAGUUAAUGGAUGAGUUGAAAGUGGCGAAGGAAGAGCUGGCAGCUGCAACCCAGGUACAAGGUUGCAAUGUUUGCCUGAGCGACGAGUUUGCCAUAUACUCCUACCAGGCGAAAAAACAUUGUGAGGGCUUCAAAGAAGACGAACUUUCUCUCGAUGAUCUCGAAACUUCACAUAAAAAUAUGCACAGAGUAUAUCCGCGCAUGGCGGAGAUGAUGUCCCGAGGAAAGAAGCUAGUGGAAGGAGGUUCUGUUGCUGGUGAGGUUGGGGGAUUGGACAGCAUAACAAGCGAAAAGAGCGAUGAACGACGGAGAUCAGUUUCUCAAGAAACAUCAGAACUUGCUUCACUCUCAGAAGAGUUUUACAUCUUCUUCUUCAGAGUGUAUCAGUUGGUUGAGGCGAUGCAUAAACAGAGCUGCUCCGUUGCCGAGGUAGGAGGUGCUAUGAAGGACCUGAUUUAUUAUAUCGACAAAACAAUCGCUCAAGGAAAUCCUGAGAUAAGUUCAAAAGCACUUGUUGGAAGAGGUCGCAAGAUUCUUCAAGAUCGUCACGACUACUGGAAAGACAACGGACAGCCUGGCGAUCCUCCAGAUCUCAGCAUAAAACCACUGGAGAUUCCGUCACGCAUCCAGGGGUUCAAAGACGAGCUAGCAAAAGCUUUCGAGGAGAUAAGCCACCUGAAAGUUGAACUCGAAGCGGCUAAAAAGGAAACUCCAAAAAUCAAAAAUGCGCAAAAGAAACAAGCCACUAAUCUAGAGGCUCGGCUGGGUAAACAAGUUACCAGUCCAGAGACUCAAUUGGAGGAAGCAAAAGCAUCACAGCGUAUGUCGAUCUCCGUUAUUAGCACCAGAACUCAAAUAGUUCUAUAUUGGGCUUCAACAGUCGCCGAACAGCUCGAAAACCUGGAUAAUGAUUACAUUAAAAAACUGCGGAAGGCUUUUGAUAGGAUGGAAGAGUUGCAUGCCCAAGAAAAAAAGGCUGGCCGUAAAAAGUACAGCUUAGCAGAGGUCAUCGUACAUGGAAGAGAACUUGCCAUAGCUGAAGCUAAACGAGAGAGACAAGCCCCCACAGAACAGCAGACAAAAAAGAGUGCCAGCAAGGAGCCGAAUCAAAAACAACACUCUACUAAAAAACGUGGGGCCAAGCUCGAGAGCAAGGGUGGUGAUGCACCCAAAUCUAAUGCGGGACGUCAAACGCCAAGUGCUCAAAAGAAGGGAACUUCCGAAACCAUCGUGAUCGAUGACACUCCACCUAUGACGCCAAGGGCCAGGUCUCCAUCAGCUGCUGAACAGGAUGCUCCGCAAGAAGCCUCAGCGCAGAAUAAUCCGGUUGACCAGAACCCGCAGUCUGCGUAG